AUGACACAGCCAGAAGAACUUGGUGCCAUUUCUUGCAGGGCCCAAAAUGCGGUGGAAUCAAGCUCCAAAAAUCUGAUGUGGGAUGUGAUGAAGGAUUUGUGGUGUGAAUCGAUAAAUCCAAAUGGUUAUGUGAACGUUGGCGUAGCGGAGAACCUGCUCAUGCACGACCACCUGCUGGAGUUCAUCAACCGGAAACUCGAUCUGCCUGCGAGAUACCUCACAUACAAUGACGGAGGUGGCGGAUCGACCAGGCUGAGAAGCGCAAUCUCCAGAUUCAUCAACCGACAUUUUAAUCCUGUGACUCCCGUCCAAGUCGACCAUGUAGUCGUCACGAAUGGCGUCUCAUCGGCGAUCGAGCAUGUUUCGUGGGCUUUUGCAGACCCCGGCGACGGAAUUCUUCUUGGUAGACCCUUCUACGGCACAUUUAUCCCGGAUGUCUCGCAACGGCCAGGGACUACAGUGGUUCAGGUAUCCUUUGACGAUUGCGAUGUAUUUGGCCUCGAGGCCGUGGAUAAAUAUGAACAAGCGCUAUUGCACUUCCAGAAGACCACAGGACGAAAGGUGAAGGGACUCGUACUCUGCCAUCCUCAUAACCCACUUGGACGGUGCUAUCCGAAACCCGUGAUUAUCAAAUUGAUGCAAUUCUGUCAGAAGUAUCGACUGCAUUUCAUCAGUGAUGAAAUAUAUGCGCUGUCAGUGUGGCAGAAUACCGUUGAUGAGAGUCCUCCUCCAGUAGCUUUCGAAUCGGCAUUAUCUGUCGAUCUGAAUGGGAUCAUCGAUCCCCAUCUCGUCCAUGUUCUCUGGGGAAUGAGUAAAGACUUUGGUGCCAAUGGUCUUCGACUGGGAGCCAUCAUCUCCCAGGCCAACACAGGUCUCCAUGACGCAUUACAGGCAGUAACGCUAUAUUCGUAUGCGUCAGGGGUAUCGGAUUACCUGACGCACUGUAUUCUCGAGAACACGGAGUUCACAGAUCGGUAUAUCUCUCUGAAUCGGAAAAGGCUCUCAGAUUCUUACGCAUUCGCGGUGCAACAUCUUAAGGGACACGGUAUUGAGCAUACCCCAGGCUGUAACGCGGCCUUCUUUCUUUGGGUUAACCUGGGGAAGAGGUAUCUCGAACUACAUCCGGAAGACCGUAGUGAGGAUGUCAGUGACAAGGUUAUGCAGCGUCUUCUCCAGAAGAAGGUGUUUUUGGCAAGUGGUUCUUUGUUUGGAUCUGAACAGGCUGGCUGGUUUCGGAUCGUAUUUUCGCAUCCGGUGGAGUAUCUGAGGGUAGCGCUACAGAGAAUCGUUGCUGCGCUGGAAGACUAG